AUGAGUCAUUCACCUAAGUCCAAUCCCGCCGGAUCAUACCACGGCCUGUCAAUUCCUCCCCAACCCUACCACCAAAAGCCCCAAAGCUGCCGCUGCUGCCUCCUCAGCACCACCUACAAAACCUUAAUCGCCUUAUGCAUCUUCCUCGGCAUUGCUAUCCUCGUCCUCUGGCUUAUAUUUCGACCCCACAAGAUCAAAGCCGCAGUCGAGACCGCCACCCUCACCCGCUUCAACCUCACUGGCACAAACCUUACCUCCCUCUCCUACAACCUCUCCGCCGACAUCAGUCUCCGAAACUCCUACAGGAGGGUUGGCAUCUAUUAUGACGAUCUCCAUGGCGAGACCUACUACAACGGCGAGCGGUUCGGUUUCAUGACACUUCCUACCUUUUACCAGGGCCACAAGAACACUACCAUGUUGCACCCAGUCAUGGAGGGGACGUCGGUCUUCGGGCUCGAGAGCUCCGGCAUGGAUGAAUUCAGGAACGAAGAGAAGAUGGGGUUCUUCAACGUGGACGUUUGGUUAAUCGGACAAAUAAGGUACAAGUUUGGGUCGGUGGUCUCGAGGCGCCGCCGGCUGAGGGUAAGGUGCAAUAAGUUGAGGGUCCCGUUGGUGACGAAGGAGACUCCGGGAGCAGCCGGGUUUGGGAGGACAGAGUGCCAUGUGGCCCAUUACUGA